GUCAAUCAAUACCCUCAUUCGAACGCCUGUCAUCGAGCCUAAGGCGCUGAUUGGGCACGGUUAUCCGUCAUGUUCGCGCAUACCCUUGCCCACCAAGAUGCCACUGCAGGUGGAUGGCAAUCCUCAAAUCAGACUGCAGAUGAAAACAACCAAACAUCAGCUACGCUUCUGACACCUAAUCCACUUGACUUCCACCAUAGUUUGGAGUAUCCGGAAUCCACAUUUUUCCGAGAAUUCACCCAAACUGCUGAUUCUGAUAUUACAAAGGGAGCACUAUACCUGGUGGUUUCUUUGUAUAACUCACUCAGUGGACUUCCUAGUGGUACUGUCAAGGAAAGAACCUCAUUAACUAUGCUUAAUGAGUCCCCGUUUAUUGGUUGGCUCAAGCGUGUUGGGCGGUUUUCAGAAUCCACCUUCAGCGGAAUCCAUCAGCAAGCGUUCUUCACCAUCUCUUGCAACCGACAGCAAAUGACUGUUGAUUUGUACAGAGAGCGCUUCAUCCCACAUCUACUCGGAACGCUAGGAAAAGAGGCAAAGUUGCCACGGCUGUGCGCCAAGAAGUGCCUGGAGUCAAUGGCACUUCCGAUCUUCCGAUCCACACGAACUAACAGCUGUUCCGGUGUGAAGUCCAAAAUUGUGGUUGACUUCACAAUCAUAAACCGCGCGCUGUUUACACUGUCUCAUGGUCUGCGUAUUCAAAAUCCAGACGUAAUCGGAGAGGUGAUGUCACCCAACUCUAUCUUUGAAUCUUCCGGUUAAACCAAUUUACUUACCAGAAUGGCAUCAUGAGGCAUCUAAAUCAGCCCAUUUCAUAACAGAAAUGCAAGAGUGAUAGAAAUUCAACAGUGGACAAUUUUCGACAUUCACCAGCCUCAUGUUAAAAUCUCGAGCAAAGCAUGUGUGCAACACUGAACUGGAAAUUUAUGCAUUUAAACCUCAUGCGUGUGGAAUCAUGUCAAUCGGUAAUGGGGAAUUUAGUGGAGGCGGACUAUGGGUGAUCGCGACCCUGUAAGAUGAUGUGAUCAGUUCUGAUGUGAUCAGUGUCAAAGUAUACAGGUGUCCCCGUGAAAUGCUAGCCUGGCAUUUAGAAUAAAACUAUUUCUGAAACACUUGCCUUCUUUCCAAGUUUCAUUGUUGGAAAGCUAAAGAGUGAG